AUGGCCGUGCCUCAGGACGACAGCGCCGCAGCCGUCACGGAGUAUGCUCGGGAGCACGCCGAGGGGAGGCUGCGGUGCGGCAUGGCGGAGGGCAAGGGCCGCGUGCUGCUGGCCGCCGUGCCCUGGGAGGCGGGCGACGUGGUCCUGACCGAGGAGCCGCUCCACCUCGUCCAGGAGGAGCCCGGCAAGGCGGCGUUCCAGGACCUGGUGGCCUUCUGCGAGGCGGAGGAGCUGGACGAGAACCCCGUCUGGUACUGGGCGGCGCUGCGCUCGCUGACGCUGGAGGAGCUGGGCGGCGUGGGGCUGGCUCGCUGGGCGCCGCUGGGGCCGGAGCGGCAGCGGAGGCUGAGGCUGCUGUGCUCGAGCGGGGGCAAAGGUCACGGCUGUGCCGUGGCACGGCGCUUUGCCCCGAGGCUUCCGGACCCGCGCGGCCUCGAUGAGCUGGUCCAGGCAUGGAUCCUCAACGGCUUCAGCUUCUCGGACAGGCCCUUCGGCGUCGCUCUCUUCUUCCUCGCGUCCUUCUGCUCCCACUCCUGCAGGCCGAACGCGUGCUGGCACCUGGACGCGGACGGGCGCUUCGUGCUGAGGGCGAGGCGCAGGAUCGAGGCCGGCGAGGAGGUCACUAUAGCGUACCUGGACGAGCGGGCACUGCUCGACUGCGCCGAGCUGCGGAGGGCCGGGCUGUUCACCUCCAAGGCGUUCUGGUGCGCUUGCGAGCGCUGCUGCCUGCCGGACGCGUGCCGUGGCUUCUCGUGCCCCGGCUGCGCCGUGGGCCUGGUGCUCGCGCGCCCGGCCGGCCCCGCCCCCGGCGCGCGGGGGCUGAGCCACCAGCCGCUCGUGGGCGCCACCUGCGGGGGCUGCGGCAGGAGCGUCGGGCCCGAGGAGGCGCAGCAGCUGCUCUGCAGGGAGCUCUGCGUGCAGGGGCUCCUGGCGAGGUGGGAGGACGCCCCGCCCACGCAGGAGGACGCGGAGCAGGCGGCGGAGCUCCUCCAGGGGUUCGCCCAGCACUCCCUGGCGGAGAGGGCGUGGCAGCAGCUGGCGUGGCUCCACGGCGAGCGGGGGCGGUGGGGCCCGCAGCUGGAGCUGCUGCUCGCCAGCAGCCGCUUCUGCGCCGCCGCGUACCCGGGCAUGAGCGGGGCACACGCGUGGGCGCUGGAGGCCUACGCGGACGGGCUGGCGGCGGCGGCGCAGCGGGGCUCGGGGGGCGCGGGCGGGGCCGGGGACGUGGGGCCCGUCCUGGCGCAGGCCGCCUGCGCGUACGAGCAGGCGCUGGAGGUCCUGUCCGCGAUGUUCGGGGGCGGCUUCGGUUACGCGGGCGGCGUGCGCACGAAGCUCGAGUACGUGGGGCGCCUGACGGACCUGGUGGGGGCUUAG